UGAUGGCUGACUUGGGAUCAGGCCUGCCUGCUUGCCACGACCCCUAUAUAAUAGUAUUGCACUGACCCCUGCAUAGGGUGGGUCAGAUCCCCGGGGGCUGCCUCCCUCUAGCCCUGCCCCUCUGCCCCACCAUCGUUCAUCACUGGCCUGGGGGCUCAGGGAGGGCUGGGCCAGACUCCUCCCUCAGGGGCUGGCACAGGCCUGGCUCUUAGACGCAAGAAGUGCCGGGCUUUAGUGGGGCGCAGGUCCUGGGUGGGGGUGCGGUGUUGGGGCUGACUCAGUGGAAAGCCUGCCCUACAGGUGGCUACAAGGUGAGAAGUGGGUGGGGAGGAAGGUUGGGAAGGCCUCAUCAGCCCAGGCUGGAGGUGCUUGCCUAAAACUUCCACGCACCCCGAUCCUUUCCACACUUCGAGAGAGGCUCUCUGCACCCAUAACUCCAGAAUCUGUCACCUCCGUGGUAACACAAAUGCACAAGGAAAAUAAUCCAAAGUGUCUCUUACAGCUCAGAAGGGGAAAUGGAUGAUCUGUCUCGUGGAUUCUCAAAAUAGCUGGGAUUUCUCCAAGCCCAGUGAACUCCCUAGGCCUGAGCUGCGAGCUGGGGCCUGCACGGCCCGCUGGCCUCUCACUCUCCUCCAGCCACUGGCCCUGUGCAGGGCGGGGGCUGGGAGGUGUCGUCAUGCCUGCCCCUGGGGCUUUCCCUGUGCUGGUGCCGUUGAGGGGCUGUGACCACUCAAAAGCUGCUUUCAGGGCAGCCUGGCUCCCGGGGGCGACUCCCAAGUCCCCCUCAGAGAAGGUGGAGAUUCUGGAUGCAAAGACAAGGGAGAAGCUGUGUUUCUUGGACAAGGUGGAGCCCCACGCCACCAUUGCGGAGAUCAAGAACCUCUUCACCAAGACCCAUCCACAGUGGUACCCCGCCCGCCAGUCCCUCCGCCUGGACCCCAAGGGCAAGUCCCUGAAGGAUGAGGAUGUUCUGCAGAAGCUGCCCGUGGGCACCACGGCCACACUCUACUUCCGGGACCUGGGGGCCCAGAUCAGCUGGGUGACGGUCUUCCUAACAGAGUACGCAGGGCCCCUUUUCAUCUACCUGCUCUUCUACUUCCGAGUGCCCUUCAUCUAUGGCCAUAAAUAUGACUUCACGUCCAGUCGGCACACAGUGGUGCACCUCGCCUGCAUCUGCCACUCAUUCCACUACGUCAAGCGCCUGCUGGAGACGCUCUUCGUGCACCGCUUCUCCCAUGGCACCAUGCCUUUGCGCAACAUCUUCAAGAACUGCACCUACUACUGGGGCUUCGCCGCGUGGAUGGCCUAUUACAUCAAUCACCCUCUCUACACGCCCCCUACCUACGGAGCUCAGCAGGUGAAAGUGGCGCUCGCCAUCUUUGUGAUCUGCCAGCUCGGCAACUUCUCCAUCCACAUGGCCCUGCGGGACCUGCGGCCCGCUGGGUCCAAGACCCGGAAGAUCCCAUACCCCACCAAGAACCCCUUCACGUGGCUCUUCCUGCUGGUGUCCUGCCCCAACUAUACCUACGAGGUGGGGUCCUGGAUCGGUUUCGCCAUCAUGACGCAGUGUCUCCCAGUGGCCCUGUUCUCCCUGGUGGGCUUCACCCAGAUGACCAUCUGGGCCAAGGGCAAGCACCGCAGCUACCUGAAGGAGUUCCGGGACUACCCGCCCCUGCGCAUGCCCAUCAUCCCCUUCCUGCUCUGAGCGCUCACCCCUGCUGGGGCUCAGCCCCUCACCCCGGUGGUAUUCUGGGGGAGGAGUGGGGCCCACAGCUCUCCAGCACCCGGAAUAAAGCCCGCCUGCCCCAGUCGGA